AUGUCGCGGCCCUGUCCCCCACCGGGCACCUUGUGCUUCAGCAGCGCCAGCAGUGUCCCCUUAGCCCUGUUCCUGCACCAUCCUGUGUCCCGUGCCCCCCAUCCCCAUGUCCCCUGUCCCUGCGAUGUGAGGCAGGGUGGCACCGGCAGGGUGGGGGCCCAGGCGUCCUGCCCGCGGCCGCCCCCAUGGCUCCGUGUCACAGCGCUGGCCGCCGGCUCCCCCGGCGCGGACGAGUGCCCGGAGGAGGACGAGGACGAGCUGGAGCCGGGGCUGGACGAGGCGGAGGCCGACGCGGAGGCCGGCGGCGCCGCCAGGGCGGCGGGGGCGGCGCGGGGGGCCGUGCUCACCCGCCGCGCCAUCACCCUGCGCGUGCUGCUCCGCGACGGCCUCCUGGAGCCGGCGCGCGGCGUCCUCUCCAUCUACUACCUGGGCAAGAAGUUCGUGGGGGACCUGGGGGCGGACGGGACCAUCACGUGGCAGGAGACGGGGCAGGUUUUCAACUCGCCCAGCGCCUGGGCCACCCACUGCAAGCGCCUCGUGAACCCGGCCAAGAAGUCGGGCUGCGGCUGGGCCUCCGUGCGCUACAAGGGCCAGAAGCUGGACCAGUACAAGGCGGCCUGGCUGCGGCAGCACCAGCCCAACGCGCCCGCCGCCGACGAGAGCCUGGCCAGCGAGGGUGAGGAGGACGAGCUGCCCGAGGAGGAAGAGGAGGAGGUGGCGCCGAGGGAGGGCCGAGCGCCGGAGCCGCCCAAGAAGCUGGAGGAGAGGAGCAAGAAGCAGCAGGGCAGGAGCCCGGCGGAGCAGCCGGCGGCAGAGCACGGCCCCGCCGCGAAGAAGCCRGAGAACAAGCCCCGCGUCCCCGUGCGCUACUGCACCCUGGGCACCCGCGACGCGGCCAGGAACCCGCAGACCCUGGUGGAGGUGACGUCCUUCGCGGCCAUCAACAAGUUCCAGCCCUUCAACGUGGCCAUCUCCAGCAACGUCCUGCUGCUCCUGGAUUUCCACAGCCACCUGACGCGCAGCGAGGUCGUGGGCUACCUGGGCGGCCGCUGGGACACGAGCGCGCAGCUGCUCACCGUCCUGCGCGCCUUCCCGUGCCGCACGCGCCUGGGCGACGCCGACGCCGCCGCCGCCGUCGAGGAGGAGAUCUGCCAGAGCCUCUUCCUGCGGGGGCUCUCGCUCGUGGGCUGGUACCACAGCCACCCGUUCGGGCCGGCGCUGCCCUCGCUGCUCGACAUCGACGCGCAGAUGGGCUACCAGCUGCGGCUGCAGGGCGGCCACGGCUUCCCGCCCUGCCUGGCCCUCAUCUGCGGGCCCUACUACCCCGGCAACCCCGGCGUGGAGUCCCGCAUCGCGCCCUUCUGGGUGAUGCCGCCCCCCGAGCAAAGGCCCAACGACUACGGCAUCCCCAUGGAGGUGGAGGUGGCCUACGUGCAGGACGGCUUCCUCACCAACGACGUGCUGCAGGAGAUGACGCUGCUGGUGGAGUUCUACAAGGGCGCCCCGGACCUGGUGAGAUUCCAGGAGCUCUGGAGCCAGGACCAGACCUACCUGGACAAACUCAAGGGCUCCCUGGCYGCGCGGACCCCCAAGGACCUCGGCUUCGCCCACGUCCUCGAGCAGAUCUACGGGCUCCUUAAGCAGAGCGGCUGAGGAACCCGCGUCCCGUGGGAGCGGGCGG